AUGUCCGACAGCGAGACCAAGUCCUUCACCCUCCAGACGGCUUCGUUUGACGCCCGGUUCCCCAACCAGAACCAGACCAAGCACUGCUGGCAGAACUACGUCGACUACUACAAGUGCAUCAACGCCAAGGGAGAGGAGUUCACGCCCUGCAAGCAGUUCUUCCGCGCUUACCACUCCCUCUGCCCCAACGAGUGGAUCGCCAAGUGGGACGAGCAGCGAGAGGAGGGCAACUUCCCGCACAGCCUCAACCCCUGA